AGUCAACCUCUAUUGACAUGAAGGCCCGUGUGUAUAUCAUGCAUAAGGUUACUCCAGCUGCUAUUUUAUACGUUUUUCACUCUCAAACUGUCUAGGAUGACCUUGACUGAAUCCAAUCCUUGUUGUCUCAAUCAGGCUACAAAUCUUCUUGAGAUCCUUAUCGAGCGACGCCAGCCAGUUUAAGCUCAACGACCAUAUGAUGGCAUGACCUCGCAGAAGCGGCAGAACCUCUUCAUCCAAAUACACAGACGACUGAUCGAUGCUUUCAUCCAUCACUACGCUACUUCUUGUCGCAUCGGUUGCAUCGCAAGCCGUGAUCCUCCCAAACUGCGCACAAACAUGCAUCGUCAACUCAAUGAUCCUCUCUUCCUGCAACGGCAACGCAAGAUGUUUAUGUCAAGAUCAAAAUUACAUCACAGCCGUCGCACGCUGCAUCGUCCCGGUGUGCUCGCAACAAGAUCAAGAUAGAGCAGCGACGUAUGUGAGCAGUACGCUCUGCUCUGCCGCCUUUGGCAUCAAUAACGCGGCACAAAUUCAACAGGCAAUCGGCAAUGCUCGUGUUCAGCAAGGUGCUGCGAACCAAGCUGCUACUGCCGUGGGAAAUCAAGCCGUCACUGCGACAACAGCGACCGCAACCUCGCCAACCGCAAGGAGUAGCGCUGCAAGUGCACCAGGUUCAGGAGCAUCCAAGACAAGCUCUCUGGUCUCUGGAACGGUAAGAAGUAGUGUUGCUGUCACGACACGGGCAAGCGCAAGCGCAACUGCAACAUCGCCUGUGAGUUCAGGACUGAGCCUGGCGCUGCCAUCCUGGCUUUUAGCUCUUCCUGCAUUGCUUCUAGUACUAUAGACGCCCUACAGCGCUCGAAUAGACCAGAUUCGCAUUAGUAAGUAUCCGAUGACAAG